GCUUUGACCAAUCAGGUUCGUCGUGUCAGAAAGAGUUUUGCGGGAAUUUUGGAACAGGGAAAUAGCACAACAUCGAGAUGCCACCCAAGGCCAGGUCAGCUGGGAAAGGGAAAGGGCCAGCUAAGAGAAAACUGGCAGAGGAAUUCCCACCCGGAGAAAUUCUGACAGACACAGCGAAGAAAAGCUGGAAACUUGGGGCUCCGAUUGGCCAGGGAGGCUUCGGUCUCUUGUAUCUUGCAAGCAAUGAUACGUCAAAAGCUGUUGGAGCUGAUGCACCAUAUGUCGUCAAAGUGGAGCCGAGCGAUAAUGGCCCUCUUUUCUCAGAGCUGAAGUUUUACAUGAGAGCCGCCAAACCUGAUCUAAUUGGCGCUUGGAUAAAGUCACGGAAACUGAAGUACUUAGGAGUUCCAAAAUACUGGGGUUCAGGACUUCAUGAGAAAGGAGGAAAGAGGUACAGAUUCAUGGUCAUGGACAGAUUUGGAACAGAUCUACAAAAGAAGUUUGAGCAAGGUGGCAAGAGGUUUCCACGGAAACUGGUCCUUCAGCUUGGCCUUAAACUUCUUGACAUUCUAGAGUACAUCCAUGAGCAUGAAUAUGUACAUGCUGACAUUAAAGCCUCCAACCUGCUGCUCUCCCACAAGAACCCCAAUCAGGUUUACUUAGUGGACUACGGGCUGGCCUAUAGGUACUUGCCUGACGGCGUGCCAAAGGAAUACAAAGAAGACCCAAAGAGAUGUCAUGAUGGGACCAUUGAGUUUACCAGCAUUGAUGCACACAAAGGUGUCUCUCCUUCAAGAAGAGGAGACCUUGAAAUCCUGGGCUACUGCAUGAUCCAGUGGCUGUGUGGCCGUUUGCCCUGGGAAGAUAAACUCCAGGACCCAGUUUAUGUCAGAGACUCGAAAAUUAAGGUUUGUCUAUGUCGUGACAAUAUCAGAGAUUUCAUGAAGAGCUGUUUUACCACAGAAGGUGAACCAGGGGAAAUGGCAAAAUUCAUGGAGGAGGUCAAGUCACUGGGUUACACAGACAAGCCCGACUACCAGAAACUCAGAAGCAUUCUGCUGCAGGGCCUGAAGAGUAUUGGUGCUACUGACGAUGACAAGCUGGACUUCUCUGUGUCGGUCAAUGGUGCAAGUCCAUCCGCAGCCAAGAGUGCCAAGCGAAAGAAACCGGUGGAAAAAGGGGCAUCUUAUGAUGAAGCCGAAGGCUCCCCUGCAAAGAAGAGUCGGCCUCCCCCGAAGAAGGAACUUAACGGCGUGAAGAAGGCCGGUGUGAAGAAGGCCAGUCCGAAGAAGCGUUUGGUAGAGAUGGGCACUCAAACCUCUCCUGGACUGAAGAAGAGCCGCGGCAGGCCCAAGAAGAACGCAUAACUCUCUCCUCUUUUAGACUAGUGCAACUUCUUCC